AUGGAGAAGGACGAGUCUAUCGCCAUUACCACCGGCGCCAUGGUCGACGAGGCCGCACCGGAUGAGGCCCUCAAGCAGCUGCGCAACUUGAAGAACCACCACCAUUGGGAUCCUAACUUGCCUGAGGAUGUCGUCGACGAGCUUGACGAGGCGCUGAACACUACCGAUGAGAAGACUCAGAUCAGCGUUGCCCACGAGCUCAUCGACAACUCGCCUUACCCUGAGGUUCGCGCUGCUGUCUCGAACGUCGAUGAAGGCGGUGCUGUGAACACCAUUCGUGCCUGGGUGAUUGGUUUAGUCUUUGCUACUAUUGGAUCUUCCCUGAACAUGCUUUUCUCCAUGCGUCAGCCCUACAUUGUCAUCCCCUCUUACAUUGCCCAGGUCGCCGCCUUCCCAGUUGGAAGGGCCUGGGAGAAGUUCAUGCCCAACAAGACCUUCCGCGUCUUUGGUAAAGAGUUUUGCCUGAACCCAGGUACCUUUACCAAAAAGGAACAUGCAAUUGUGGUCAUCAUGGCUAACGCCACAUUCGGUGGUGGAGCCGCCUACGCUACGGAUGUCCUCUUGGCCCAGCGUGCGUUCUAUGGUCAGCGCUUCGGCUGGGGGUUCGAAAUCUUGAUGUGUAUCUCCACUCAGAUGCUUGGCUUUGGUAUGGCCGGGUUCUUCACGAAGUUCCUCGUCCAGCCCGCUGCCAUGAUCUGGCCCUCCACUCUCAUCAACACAGCCCUUUUCUCUGCGCUGCACGACCGCACCCUUCCCGAUCCUAGCAAGGUCGCUGGCUGGAAGCUUGGUCGGUACCGCAUGUUCUUAUAUGCCAUGAUUGGAUCUUUCGUUUGGUACUGGUUCCCCGGCUUUAUCGCUCCCUUCCUGAGUGUGUUCGCUUGGGUCACUUGGAUCAAGCCAAACAAUGUCAUCGUCAACCAGCUCUUUGGUGGCGCGACUGGUCUCUCGCUCAUCCCCAUGACUUUCGACUGGACUCAGAUCUCCGGCUUCAACUUCAGUCCUCUGAUCGCCCCCUGGUACGCCAUGGCCAAUACCAUGAUUGGUAUGGUUCUCUUCUUCUGGAUCGUCACCCCUGCCAUCCAUUACUCCGGUCUCUUCUACUUCAAGUACCUGCCGAUCAGUGACUCCAGCAGCUACGAUAACACCGCCCACAGCUACAACGUCAGCAUGAUCCUCACUCCUCAAUUUACCUUUGACGCUGCGAAAUACAAGGAAUACUCCCCUCUCUUCUUGUCGACCACUUUCAUGCUGGCAUACGGUCUUUCUUUCGCUAGUAUCGUCGCUGUGGUGGUCCACACUGGUCUCUUCCACGGUGUUGAUAUCUGGGCUCGCUUCCGCAGGGUUGGCAAGGAAGAGGAAGAUGUUCACGGUCGCCUCAUGUCGAACUACAAGACCGUUCCUAUCUGGUGGUAUCUCGCUUUGUUCCUCGCUAUGAUGGCCAUUGGUCUGGGAGUUGUCCUUGGAUAUCCCACUCAUCUCAGCUGGUGGGCCUUCUUCAUUGCCCUGAUCAUCUCCGCUGUUUGGUUCAUUCCUCUUGGAAUCAUCAAGGCUUCCACCAACAUUGAUCUCGGUCUCAACGUUAUUACCGAGUUCAUCAUUGGAUACAUGCAGCCCGGAAAGCCCAUGGCUAUGAUGCUGUUCAAGACCUACGGCUAUAUCACCAUGUACCAAGGGAUGUACUUCACCCAGGACUUGAAAAUUGGUCACUACAUGAAGAUUCCUCCCCGUGUGACAUUCAGCGCUCAGAUGGUCGCCGGUGUGUGGUCCUCUCUCGUCCAGAUCGCCACCAUGAACUGGGCCCUCGGCACAAUCAAGAACGUCUGCGACAAACACCAGGUCAACCACUACACUUGCCCGAAUGGUCGUGUGUUCUUCAAUGCCUCCGUCAUCUGGGGUGUUAUCGGUCCUGCUCGCAUGUUCUCCACCGGCCAACUCUACUCUCCUCUCAUGUUCUUCUUCCUCGCCGGUCUCAUUCUUCCAAUCGUCAUUUACUUCCUCGCCCGCACCUUCCCCCGCACCCCGAUCAAGUACCUCAACGCCCCCAUUAUCUUCGGUGGUGCUGGUUUGAUCCCUCCCGCCACUCCCCUCAACUACCUGUCUUGGGGUAUCGUCGGUUUCGUCUUUAACAAGUACAUUCGUGACCGCUGGCGUGGAUGGUGGAUGCAGUACAACUACGUCCUCUCCGCCGGUCUGGACGUCGGUCUGGCGCUUUGCACCAUUCUGAUCUUCCUGACUCUCAACCUUACCGACACGUCCUUCCCUGAGUGGUGGGGGACCCGCAUCGCGAGUGAUACCAUGGACAUGUUGGAUUCCGCUAUCCAGGUUCCUCUCUCCGAGGGCGAGAAGUUCGGACCUACCUCUUGGUAG